GCCUGGUAUACCUUGGUUAUAUAUAUUGACCAGAACCUUGCUUCCCAAAGUUCUUCGUCUGAGAACAUCUACUGCCAGCAAGCGAACAUGUUCUCUUCAAGUCUUUUCUUUUCCACAUUUGUCUUCGCACUAUCGUUUAUUGGAAACUGCGGAGCCAGAAAUGUCCCUAAUUGCCUCCGUCCACCAAGAGAACGAAGAUCAGAGACAUCACUAGACCUCAAAGACUUUGCCAUCUCAAACGUAAACGCGCACACCUUCGUCCUCAAUCCAAGUAUCACUAUUUGGAAUCGCACCUUAUCAUGUAAAGCCUCUUCCCCUUCUCUUAUUGAGAUUUGGCUAAUACCCCCAGUCCUCUUCACAGACCUCAACUCAAACACCAGCACCAUCUGCACCCAAUCCUGGACCGAAACCAGCGCCUCAAAAGACCCCACCACCAACAUCACAAUCCCAAUGACCAACAAUGCGCCCUCUCAGUACGUGCUGUGUGAUUACACAGGCAUCGAUCCGGAUUGUUUCCAAUGGCGUUUUGUAUCUAGCUACACCACCUUUGGGACUUUCGAAAUCGGUCUCGCUCACACGUUUCGAGAUGAUGUGUAAGUCGCUAUUGUCACUUGAAGGCGAAGAGGAUUGGACGUCAUCUUACUGAUUUUACACGCAGGAAUUUUGAACCGCCAUAUGAUGUUCCUACUUUUUUCGCGACGUCGGUAAAGUUGGAUCUGACGUGUGUGGAUGGGAAUUCAUGUACACUGCCAGCGUGCAAGAGUCCUUUGCUUGCGACGGUUGAUGCUGUUAAUGAUUGAGGGGAAUGGAAGGAGUGGAAACUUCCAGGUCUGGUGUGGAUUUUACAUUACUGUACUGAGUAAUGUUUAGUAAUGAUCAGACGCAUGGGGGUUUUCGACUGCGACCACUUGAUGAUAAUAUUAAAUGUGCCAU